AUGACAGUCUUCCACAAAAGUAAGAGCGUGGACGAUUCAGACGACGAAAAUCAGCGACCUUUUGAAUGUACCGUCAGUGACCAAGGAACAACGUUCAAACCACGAAAACGCCUUAAUUUCAAUAGAGAACAACGACCAGAGUACGCCCGUGGUGGAUCUGUUUCUCCCGGAGCGAAUUCUGGUGAUGAGUACGAUGUCGGAUUUAAAGAUGAGAAAAUGGAUGCAGAUUUUGCUCUUCUUCUGAAGAGAACCCGAGGUUUUGAAAUAAGGCAGGUUCGAGGAGAUGGAUCAUGCAUGUUUCGAGCCGUUGCUGAUCAGCUUUAUGCCGACCAAGAGAUGCACGGGGAAGUGCGACGAUUGUGUAUGGACUACAUGGUUCGCAACCGGGAUCAUUUUGCCCCAUUUGUUGCCGAGGAUUUCUCAUCCUAUGUGGCUCGUAAACGUCGUCCUGGUCAGCAUGGGAAUCAUGUCGAAUUACAAGCCAUCUCGGAGAUGUUUGCUCGUCCUAUUGAAAUCUACGAAUACAGCGAAAACCCUCGCAACAUUUUUUAUCCAACAAUUAAUACGCUUGAAGUUAAUGAACCGAUUCGUCUCAGCUAUCAUGGCUCAUCUCAUUAUAAUUCUGUCGUCGAUCCAUUUGCUCCUGCCGUUGGAAUAGGUCUUGGACUUCCUGGUUAUGUGGCUAAUGGAGCGAAUGACUUGCGGCAAGCAGUGAAAGAAAGCAGUGACCGAAGUGUGGAACAGGCUCUUGUCCAAAGUCAGCUCGUCUUGACGGAUAUCGAACGAACUGAAAAGGAGAUUAGUGAACAGGUCGCACGAGAUUCGUACCUGGAUUAUUUGGCAAGGGAAUCUGGUAACGAGCAGUCCUCGCACAAGUCUUCAUUGUAUGCGGAAUUACUGGCUUUAGAAGAAUGUGGUGGAUGGCCCGAAACUGUGGUGGACGAAGACGAUGAGCUGGCACGUGCUUUAUCACUGAGCGAACAACAGUAUAUGGAAGAACUUCAACUACGGUAUGGAUGUGACCCAGACGACGCCAACAAUAAUAGAGGCUAA